AUGCAAAGGCAUUUGUUAUUUCUGAAUGCUUGGGUUGUGUUGCUGCUGAUGCGACUUGCUUGUGCAGGACAUAAAUGUGUUUGGAUACAUGGCACCGUGCGUUGCCAUAAGGAUCCUUCAAGAAAUUUGAAUGUUGAAGUACGAGUUUACGACCGAGAUGGGCUAUCAGUUGCCAAGAUUAUUGAUCCUGAUGAUUUAAUGGGAGUGACGUUCACAAGCGAAGACGGUUCGUUCCAGUUAGAUGGAUGUGGCGAAGACAUUGAUUGGGUUCCUGGUAUUCCAAACAAUCCGGAACCUUAUUUACAAAUAUUGCAUUAUUGUAACAGACAGACGGGUGAAAUCAUAAAGCUCCCACCAUUCAGAAUUUUUGUGCCAAAUACAUAUGAAGUUGGUACAGUUGAUCUCGACUUACCGAUUCAAGCUUCAUCUGCAAAAAACAGUACUUAA